AGUCCAUUGAGAAAUGUUUUAGCCCGAAAUUUAAUGAUUCUUAUUAUACAUAAAAAAAUAACUGAUAUAGUGAGCUCUCAAGGACUGUAUGUAGCUCCUUGAACGUAUUCAUGGAAUAACAGCCCGCUAACAAAGACAUGAAAAUAAUCUGGGAAGUCUUACAUCUACAGGAGACCGCAAUUGAAGGAUAUUUGUCUUCUUGGGAUCCUGUUGUUAUAAGCGUUCUUGAGGUUGCCCCAACAAGAAGAAUCCAGCGUCCUCUGAACCAAGAGUGUUCGUUUCUCAUUGUCUCUCCGAAAGAUCAAGUUACAAGAAAACAAACCGGUCUUUGUGUGCCAGUUAUGUUUUCGAAGAUGGCGUUGUCACGUACAAUCAUAUUUGCCCUGCUUUCUAUGCAGUUCCAUUUUGUCUUUACAGACGGGCAUGAGAAGCCAAUGGAAAGAAAUCGAUUGAAGAGAGCCCUCAGCGAUGAUGAUAUCAUACUUGGUCUUAAAAUGUACGAAACGAAAAUGGCCGGUUUGCAGAGAAGAAUCGCACAGCAACUGGCAAGCAUGAAGAAACAAAAAAGUCGGAUCAACUUUAUCAAGUUUUAUAUGAAAAGAAAAGGGGACGACUACGAGAAGGAAGACCUGGAGGGAAAUAUUAUAGCUGAUACUGAAAAGGGCAAACAGAAUCUACAGCUCGCAUCACUUGACAACCUGGUGAAGGAAGCAGAUCAUCAGGAGGAGCGACAACGGGGACUCUUGGAAGAACUUAAGAAAGAAAACACCGUUAUGAGUGACAUUCACAAGCGCGUGCUGGAUAAUAACGCGAUCUGCCGUGACACAUACACUGAAUGGAAAGACGUGGGUAGUGGUACGAUCAGAGAACUCUCCAAGCAGUACGUGAAAUGCAAUGAAGACGAGCUUUUGCUCCGAUUUUAUUUGCAGAAGAAGUCCACAGCUGCUAAGAAAAUCAGAUAUAAAUAUCGAUGUUGUCGAUUUAGUUUGAAAGAUAAAUGGCAAAGGCCAGACGACAUGUGAAGUCACCUAGUUCUUGAAUGGAAGAACUCUGCAUUUAGCUCUGAUUAAUCAUAGCUUACUGACACUUUGUACCUCCUGAUUUUGCCAUAACUAUUUUGGACUAGCGUUGAGAGCAACGAA